AGUGUUGCAUAAUUUUCAAUUGCGGCUUUAUCAUCAGUGUUGUUGGACUUGUAUCAAAUUAGCAUUUAAUAAAUAAAAUAAAAUAACAACAAAGGACCGAAAAGCAAUUUGUAAACAUAACCACAAAUUACCAGCAUUUCCUUUAUUGUAAACAAGUGCGCCCACGAAUUGGGCUGUGGCUAGAUAAAAAUGGACGUCGAUGCCGCACAGAAGACUUGGGAGCUGGAGAACAAUAUACAAACUUUGCCUAGCUGCGAUGAAAUUUUCCGCUAUGAUGCAGAACAACAACGUCAAAUUAUAGAUGCCAAACCAUGGGAGAAGGACCCCCAUUUCUUUAAGGACAUUAAGAUAUCAGCAUUGGCUCUGCUCAAAAUGGUUAUGCAUGCCCGCUCAGGUGGUACGCUCGAAGUGAUGGGUCUGAUGCUCGGCAAAGUCGAAGACAACACUAUGAUUGUUAUGGAUGCUUUUGCUCUACCCGUUGAGGGAACUGAGACACGGGUUAAUGCCCAGGCCCAAGCCUACGAGUACAUGACAGCCUACAUGGAAGCCGCCAAGGAGGUGGGACGAAUGGAGCAUGCCGUUGGCUGGUAUCACAGCCAUCCAGGUUACGGCUGUUGGUUGUCUGGCAUCGAUGUGUCCACUCAAAUGCUCAAUCAGACCUAUCAGGAGCCGUUCGUGGCCAUUGUGGUUGAUCCCGUGCGCACUGUGUCCGCUGGCAAAGUGUGUCUCGGUGCUUUCCGCACUUAUCCCAAAGGCUAUAAGCCACCCAACGAAGAACCUUCCGAGUAUCAGACUAUACCACUGAAUAAAAUAGAGGAUUUCGGCGUUCACUGCAAGCAGUACUAUCCGCUGGAAAUUAGUUAUUUCAAAUCAGCUCUGGAUCGCAAGCUGCUCGAUUCCCUGUGGAACAAGUAUUGGGUUAACACAUUGGGCAGUUCCGGCCUUUUAACCAACACCGAGUACACUACUGGCCAAAUUAUGGAUCUAUCUGAGAAGUUGGAGCAAAGUGAAAACUUUUUAGGUCGCGGCACUGAUGUUAAUGAGAAACGUUCUGAGGAUAAACUAUCCAAGGCUACACGUGAUUGCAGCCGUUCUACCAUUGAGCUUAUACAUGGCCUAAUGGCGCAAAUUGUCAAAGACAAGCUUUUCAAUAAGGUCGGACUGGGCAAGUAAGCCUGUUGGUUCGAUUAAAUGAUUCAAUUUUUAUAUAAAUUAUAAAAUAGUGCUUAUAAAAUCUGAAAAUGAAACUGCAGAAGGAAUAAAUAUUAAAUUCAUAUCUA